AUGGCCUCUCGUUUGCUCCGAGCCUGUGUCGUGUCCACGCAGCGGCUGAAGACCUGCUCCGCGCUCAGACCUCUGCCCCGCACUUUUGCAACAGCAGGAAUCCCCACUGAUGAGGAGCAGGCGACUGGGCUGGAGAAGAGGACCUUACAGUCUCUAAAGCACGGGAAGGACCCCUGGAGCAUCAAGAAGCCUCAGACCUACGCUGGAACCAAAGACGACCCCCACAUUGUGCCCAGCGUCGGGACAAAGAGGCUGGUGGGAUGUCUCUGUGAGGAGGACAACACCGCCAUCAUCUGGUUCUGGCUUCAUGAAGGAGACAUGCAGCGCUGUCCCUCCUGCGGCUCUCACUACAAACUCGUGCACCAUGAACUGCCUCACUGA